UUAGCUCAGUAAAUGUUCAGAACUGCUCAGAGAGUUUUCGUUCGGUCGCUGGAGCAGUUUUCAAAUCCUCAAGCUGAAGACGCAGCAUUAUAUUUACAAAUAAUAUAUAUAUAAACACGAAGAGGAAAGAAUCAUGACCGGUUCAUCUGUGGUUUCAGGUCUCUCCAAGAACGAAUGCUACUGCGCUCCUCCAGACUACAGCCACGAUGAAGAUGCCCAUAUUAUGGUGGAGGAGUGGCGGUUGCAGAGCGUGCAGUCUCCGAUCGAGCUGAAACACGAGGAGAGCAAUGCUUAUGACCACUUCGAGCCGCUCGAGUUCCACGGACAUUGGGACAACGAGGGCACGGCCACGUUCACGAACAAUGGCUAUACUGCGACUUUGCGGUUUGCUGACAGGGAGAUGCCUGUUCUUUUUGGCGGGCCUUUACACGAGGACAAAUACGUUUUCGAACAGCUCCACUUCCACUGGAGUGAGGAUGACCAUAGCGGCUGUGAACACAUCUUCGAAGGAAAAGCUUUUUCAAUGGAAGCUCAUGCGGUGCAUUACAAUCAGAAGUACGGGACUUUUGGGGAGGCAGUGUCCAAGCACGAUGGACUUGCGGUGGUGGCUUUCUUCUUGACCGCUACCGAUGACUUCGAAAACGAAUGCUUCAACAAGCUGAGCGAGGCCGUGAAGAACAUCGUGAAGAUCGACUCUACGACGUCGGUUCGCGCCGACUGCUUGACUUGGAUUAAGGAGGAAGCUCAGUGCAAGGGCUACUACACCUAUCAAGGCUCCUUGACCACUGAACCCUAUAACGAGAGCGUCACUUGGAUCCUCUAUCCGACUCCCAUACAUAUCUCACGACAACAGGUGGAUAACUUUAGGGAGAUGAAGUCCACGCCGUGCGAACAGCAUAACAUCGUGAAUAACGUGAGGCCACUCCAAGCAGCACACCCCGACAAGAAGUUGGAUCUGAUUUACGCACGUUCACACAAGAAGAGCGAAUAACCGACCUAUCCUUACCAUACUAUUUAUAUUAUUAUUUUUUUUUCUCUAAUUUUAUUCUUUGGAACUAACUUCAUUAUUUCUUUAUAAGAAUUAAUCGUUGUUUGUAGAGAGACAAGCGUACUGCAAUUUGUAUUCUUUUUA